AUGCCUUUGAGUGUUCUAAAUCGUCCUCGAAAAGUGAAAAGCAACAUUUCAAAUCAAAAUCAUUGUGUAAAUAGAAAUAAUCUGAUACACAUUCAAACCUGUCCAAACGAUCAGAUAUCAGUUCCCUCUAGUCUCAACAUUGUUCACUUAAACAUUCGCUCGUUAAGAAAUAUCGUUCACCUUACUGAGGUCAAGGAACUAGUAAAGUUAAAUAAUAUCGAUGUCCUCACAAUUUCCGAAUCGUGGUUAAAUUCCUCAGUAACGAACCGUGAGAUUGCAAUCGACGAUUAUAAGAUCCACAGACUUGACCGGUUACACAAGAAAGGUGGAGGUGUCUGUGCUUAUAUUAAGAAGAAUAUUAAAGCAACUGUCUUAAAAGAUUUAUCGAAGGUGUCAGUCUCUAACUUUCAUCAACUAUGGAUAAAUCUACAAUGCCAAAAAAACAAAUCAAUAAUAAUUUGUGUAACCUACCGACCACCUGACACUUCUCUAAAUUGUUUCGAAGAUUUGCUUAAGCCAAAUUAUGUUCAGGCUUUAACUUUGAAUAAACAGAUUUUAGUGCUCGGUGACUUAAAUUGUAACAUGCUAGAAAACGGCCAGGAGCGGAGAGUGCUAACAAAUUUUUCUACAGAAUUAAAUCUCACACAGAUUAUUAAAACUCCAACUAGAAUCACGGCGACGUCCCAAACGCUUAUUGAUGUUAUUCUAGUCUCAUCCACAGCACUUGUUCGUGAGAGUGGUGUUAUUAACACUUCUAUCAGUGACCACUUACCAGUGUACGUCCUACUAAAGUUAAAGGCCCCAAAGAUGCCAGCAUGUUACAUUACAACUAGGAGUUAUAAAAACUAUAAUCCCUCACUAUUUUCCUCUGACCUUGUCACUAAAUCGGAUCGUCUGUUAUCCAUAUUAUCCAACCCCAACGUCAAUACAAUACUCGAAACCUUCAAAGAUGUUCUUCACUCAACUCUCGACGUGCAUGCACCGUUAAAAACCUUCAAAAUUCGAAAUCGAUCAUGUCCAUAUGUCACCAAUGAAAUAAAAGAACUCAUGAAGUCUCGGGACCUACACCUCCGUCGGUUUCAACUGACACGUGAUGAAGGUGAUUGGGUAGUUUACAAAGAAUAUCGUAAUAACGUAAAAACCAAAAUUAAAGCCGCAGCGAAGGACCAUACCUUCAACGAAGUAAGAGAACAUAAACACAAUUCGAGAUCCCUAUGGAAAAUAAUUAAUAACAUAAUUCCCUUGAAGGAAAAGGAAACACAAGUUUAUAGUAAAGAUCCAAAAACAGUUGCAGAAGAUUUCAACCUUUUUUUACUUCUGUGGGACGGAACGCUGCUGCGACAGCCGAAAGUUUAG